CUGGAAACGGGGGACAUGGCGGCGUCUGGCCCAGCGCUAUGCCUUUUCGACGUGGACGGGACCCUGACCGCCCCGCGACAGAAAAUCACCAAGGAAAUGGACGGCUUUCUCCAAAACCUGAGACGGAAGAUCAAGAUUGGAGUGGUGGGUGGGUCCGACUUUGAGAAAGUGCAGGAGCAGCUGGGAAGUGAAGUGGUUGAAAAAUAUGAUUAUGUGUUUCCAGAAAAUGGCCUGGUAGCAUACAAAGAUGGGAAACUCUUGUGUAAACAGAACAUUCAGGGUCACCUGGGGGAGGCCCUGAUCCAAGAUUUAAUCAACUACUGCCUGAGCUACAUUGCGAAAAUUAAGCUCCCGCGAAAGAGAGGCACUUUCAUUGAGUUCCGAAAUGGGAUGUUAAACGUGUCCCCCAUUGGAAGAAGCUGCAGCCAAGAAGAACGCAUGGAGUUUCACGAACUCGAUAAGAAAGAAAACAUAAGGCAGAAGUUCGUAGCAGAUCUGCGGAAGGAGUUUGCAGGAAAAGGCAUCACGUUCUCCAUAGGAGGCCAGAUCAGCAUUGACGUCUUUCCUGAUGGAUGGGACAAGAGGUACUGCCUGGGACAUGUGGAAAAAGACGGCUAUAAGACCAUCUACUUCUUCGGAGACAAAACCAUGCCGGUUGUGCAAGAUGCUCUCCUGGUCCCAAACCACGUGGUGCUGCUGGUCGGCAGCUGUGCCCUCUAG